GGAAAACUGAACGAAGAAAUGCCAAACAAAUGGCGUAUUUGGAAAAUACAGUACUUAGGAAAUUGAGAAAUUGUGCCCAAGUGUUGUCGCUGUGAAUUUCACCAGCAAUCUCUGUUCAAUUUACACCGCACCAUUUAUACUGUAGCGCUAGCGAGAGCAUCUGAGCAGCCACAAUGCCGGCCAAGGAGAGAAAUAUUGCCAUGAUGGGCUACAGAAGUGUUGGAAAGUCCUCGCUCAGCAUCCAAUUCGUGCAAGGUCAAUUCGUCGAUUCUUAUGAUCCCACAAUCGAGAAUACAUUCACAAAGCUCACCAGAGUGAAUUCGACUGACUACGAGGUGAAGCUGGUGGACACGGCCGGCCAGGAUGAGUACAGCAUAUUCCCGGCGCAGUACAGCAUGGACUUCCACGGCUACGUGCUCGUGUACUCCAUCACCAGCCGGAAGUCCUUCGAAGUCAUUCAAAUCAUCUACGAGAAGCUCAGCGAUGUCAUGGGAAGCUCUCACGUACCGGUUGUUCUUGUUGGAAACAAGACUGACUUGCAUCAGGAGCGAGCUGUUACCACGGAAGAGGGCAAGAAGAUGGCUGAGGCAUGGAAAGCGAACUUCCUAGAGACUUCUGCGAAACAGAAUGAGUCUGUGGCCGACAUCUUUCAUUCCCUCUUGCAACAAAUUGACCGGGACAAUGGAAAUACACAGGAAAAGAGUAGUUGCCGGAUUUCCUGAAUUGCUGCCCGACAACGUGAGGACAUUUUAAGAGAAAUGGAAACUUCUAAAGUAAUCUAGUGUAAUUGUAACAAGGAUAAAAUGCAUAACAAAUAAUCCCAAAAAAAACUACAGAUAAACUCAAUUGAUAAAUAAUUGUAUAAAAUCAAGGAAUAAUCUUGCAAAGAGAGACAGAGAAUGGAUAGGAAAUCAAAAAAAAGGAAAACGAGAGUUGAUGAACGAAAACGUAUCAAAGGAGCGCAAUAAUGAAUUUACUGUAUAAAGGGGCAGAUUUUUUGUAAAAGUGGGGAAUUGAGAAGCAUAAGAUUGACCAAGAUUCCCAUCUCUCCAAAGUAAAAACUUAAAAUAGUAAAACUUUCACACUUAAUUCGACGCAUUUCUAUAUCUGAAAGUCAACUUUUUUCCUUCAGUGUGACUCUUGUACAACUUGAUAACACAAAAAUUUUAUAUAUUUACACAAAUCUAUAUUAGAAGCUUAAGUGAGAAUUAUUUUUAUUUUCUAUACACAGUGUAGAUUUCUUUAUUUAUCAAAGUCUCUGUUUAAGACUUUUCUAGGUAGAUUUAUUUAGAGAUGAUCACACACAUCGAGAUGUGGAAGAGAUUUAUUUUUCUUUCAAUAUAAAUGGCAGAAACAGGGAAAGGCGCUGAGGAAAUCUAUCGAAGAUCUUCCCCGGGAAAUUGUCUAGUAAGUCACCAAUUUAUCUUUCGUGUUUCUCCACCUUCUAUUUUCUAAUAAACAGUGACAA